AUGGAGGCCGAGGCCUGCGAGAUCGCGCGCCUGCCGGAGGAGCUCCUCUCGGCGGCGCUGUCCCGCACCUCCACGCGCGACGCCUGCCGCGCCGCCGCGGUCUCCCCGGCCUUCCGCGACGCGGCCGACUCCGACGCCGUCUGGGCCUGCUUCCUGCCCCGCGACCUCCCGCCGCUCGCCGACGGGGAAGUACUGCACCCCGCGGCGCCGCAGCCGCCCAGCAAGAAGGACCUCUUCCUCCGCCUCUCCGGCAGCCCCCUCCUCCUCCCGGACAAACUCGUGAGUAUGUGGCUGGACAGGGAGACCGGGGCAAAGUGCUACAUGCUGUCCGCGAGGGACCUCUCCAUCAUAUGGGGCGACACGCCGCAGUACUGGAGCUGGAUCCCUCUCCCAGACUCCAGGUUCUCUGAAUGUGCUCAACUCUUGCACGUUUGCUGGUUCGACAUCAGUGGGAAGAUACCUUGCAAGAUGCUGACGCGGGACACUGUCUACGCCGCUUACAUAGUGUUCAAGGUGAACGAAAAUUCCCUCGGGCUGGAUUAUCCUGUCCAGGAGGCAUCCGUCAGCGUCGGGGCAACUAACUUAACCCGCAAGGUUUGCCUCGAACACAAUGAUGAGGCUGAGGUUCGUCAUGGCGAGAACGUAGGGCGCCCUCAGAAAAGAGCCGACGGCUGGAUGGAGCUGGAGCUGGGGGAGUUCUUCAACGAGGGGGGUGAAGACGGCGAGGUGUCCUUCAGCCUGAUGGAGACGAAAGGCGGGAACUGGAAGAGUGGCCUCAUCGUGCAGGGCAUCGAGAUCAGGCGCAAGAAAUCAGGCUGAUGUGCUUCUGGACGGCGGACAUCCCCGGUGAAGUAGAUAAAUAAGGGAAUCAUGCUUGGAAAUGUAGUGUUUCGAAACGCUUGCAUUUUGCUGCAAAUGCUGUGUGGAACUACAAGCGUGUUGCUUCGUUCUUGGUGGAAAUUUUUUGUGCUACCUAGAUGUGUACUGCUUGGUGAGCGACAACAUUUGGUUUGGAAAGUGUAAUUA